AAGACCAAGUGGCCAGGCGAAGGGCGAAGCAUGAGAAACAAAAAGCAGAAACAGAAAAACGCUUCCUAUUUGCACUGAAACGUUAGUUCACGGCGAGGGUAGGAUAUUUGCUGCAUUUGUGUUGCACAUUUGCAAAAGACUGUAGAUAUGCGGAGUUGUGAUUAUUUCGAAAUACUAAAUGACAGCUGCAAAUUCGUUUCGUUUUAAAUAAUGCAUUUGCUGCAAUAGUGGUCACUGACUAAUUACUCGCUACAGAUAUGUAUACAUGCAGCAGUCAGACGCGACGUAUUGUUUGGUUUUUAUAAAUGCAAUGUUAAACUAGCGUUUGUUAUAUAUAGGACAGGGGAAUAUGAGACACCCUUUGCACAUAAAAUCCAAAUACCCUGAUCUUUUAAAAAGAUAUAACAGCGGUCUAUGGGAGUCGUGAGGAUACGAUUUAAUAAUUCUUUGAAUGUUCUUUGUUCACUACCAAAUCAGACGAGAAAAUACAACAAAAAGGUGUCCCAUCUUGCCCCAUUUUAUACUAUAUUAGAGAUCAUUUAUUGCAGGACCAGGCAAGUUGUUGCAGUUGAAAUGCCUGAGCAGCAAACGAACGAUAUGAAGCUGGAUAGCGGUUGGGGUUGGGUUAUUGUAAUUGCUUCUUUCGUUACGCACACGCUCAUGGCAGCGUUAUAUUUUGCGUAUGGGGUUUUUACGCAAACUUGGGUGGAGGAUUUUCAAUCUUCGGCUGCAAUGACUGCUCUGGUGGGAUCUACUUCAUCAGGAUUUGCAUCUAUGUCAGCUCCACUUGCGAGUUUUAUCUUGAACCGAUGGGGUUGUCGGACAGCUCACAUGAUAGGAGGGAUUUUUGUGACCGGGGGCAUAUUUACGUGUUCUUUCGCUCAAUCGCUGUCGCAUAUCUUUAUUUUCUACGGAGUAUUUGGAGGUGUCGGUCUUGGUCUAUGCUAUGUCCCAGCUGUUAUAAUACUGAGCCAAUACUUCAAACGCAGAAGGGCUCUUGCUGUAGGAAUUGCAAGUAGUGGCAUUGGAGUUGGUUCCUUUAUAUUCCCGCUUAUUCUUGAGUAUUUACAGACUGAGUACACGUGGAGAGGCGCUAUGUUGAUUCUAUCUGCAAUCAUGGCUCACCUGUGUGCAGGAGCCAUGCUUCUUCUUCCAUUUAAACAAACACCCAGCAGUACAAAAUCUUCUGAUAAAUUUAAACACAGUGACUGUGAAAAACAAGACUUGUCCAAAAAGGUUACCGCUCCAUUGGUAUCGGAAUCCGAAGUUUUCCGAGGAGACGCGAACAAUAAUGAGCAAAAACGCCGCAGCAGUUUCCAAUUGUUUCGAAACUUCGUCCGACACCCAUGGAUGCGUAGGCAAUCAUCGUUAACAGGCACUGCUGCUUUAAACGACAUUCAAGCACCAGCUUUCGGCAAUAGAGACGAUAUUGUGUUGGAGGAGUCUUUGGAAUACCUAAAUGUCCGGGGCGACCUACACGAAAAAGACGAGUUAAAGGAAAACAUUGUUGACAGUCAAGCACUCUAUAUAAGUUCAAAAGCAAACGCGAACAAAAACUUCGUGUCUCAGACGAAGUAUAUCUUCAGCUCCCCGAUGUUUUACUUUAUGAUUGUAAAUAACGUUACAAUGUUUAGUGGUAUGAUGCUGGUGUUUGGUCUCACGCCAAUUCGGGCGACCAGCGAUCUAGGAUUCACCAGCGAACAAGGUGCCAUUCUUGUCUCUGUAGUCGGUUUUACCAAUUUAAUCGGUCGUUUUUCCUGGGGCGUGAUUUCCAAUAUAUUUCCCCGACUUCGACCAACACGGCUCUUUAUAUGUCUCCGCAUAUUAGCGGCGCUGUUGACUUUACUGAGUCCGUUUGCCGUAUCGUUUGGAGUGCAGAUAGCUUUCUGCGCUGCAGUCGGAUUGAUGUUUGGCUCCUGGUCGCUUUACCCGUUAGUGGUAGCUGAAAUGUUUGGUGACCGCUUUCUAAACGUGGCGUUUGGUUAUUUGGAAGUUUUUGACGGAAUUGGUUCCUUACUAGGACCUUGUUUUGGUGGGCUUAUAUAUGAUGUUACAUCGUCCUACCAACUCUCAUUUGUGUUUGCUGGGGCAACUCUGGCCGUCGGUACAGUUGUAUUAGCUAUAGGUUGCAAAUUUUUUCACAACCGUCAGGAAAUUGCUGUUCAAUAGUUAACAAAAAAUUACCUUAUUUUUUCCCACGUACCUACAAGCAUUUUACUAUUUGUUUUAAAUAGGCAAUUUAUUGUGUCUAUGCAUGAGGAGCGUUAUGCACUUACCAACCCUGUAUUAGAAUAUAUCGUACCCCUGUAUUAGAAUAUAUGGUAUGUAGAGUACCGUGGAGGAAAACGGGACACCUUUAGCACAGAAUAUCCAAAUAUCCUGAUCGUGUUUUAAACAAUUAAAAACGGUCUAUGGGAGUCGUGAAGUUACGAUUUACAAUUCUAUAAAUGUUCUUCGUUUGCUACCAAAUGGGACGAGAAAAUUAAAUGAAAAGGUGUCCCAUUUUCCCCACCCUGCUACAUAUAUUUCUAUUUAGUGUCGAUAACCCCACAGUGAGACAUGUCAAUAACAAAACUCCAGAAAUUUUGCAAAAAAACGUCAUUUUUCUCAAACUAUAUAUAUUUUGCACGAAAAUGUUUCCUAAACACAAAAUAAACUUGUCACUGCCAUGCAAUAUA